AUGAAUUCACUAGAAGCAGAAUAUUCGUUUUUGGCACCAACAUGGAGAUUACCAACAGUAGCAACUCCGUCGAUAUUUCCUCACACGUUGGGCACUACCUAUUUACCCAGCGAUUCUCACUCCGGUCCAGAUUGGACUUUGUGGAAUAAUACAAUGUACAAUUCUCGAUAUAUCCCAUCAUAUGUUCCUUCAACGUCCGUUCGUCGUAAUAAUUAUCCUAUACCAACCAAUUAUCAACGAGUAGCACCUAUUGCUGGUCUUCAAAAUUAUCAAACAAAUUUAGAUCAUUCUCUACCAACAGGCGUUCCUUAUCCAUCGGCUAAUAAUCAACAUGGACUCACUGGUUCUACCGAAGAUGGUCUUAAUUUAACAAUUAGUCUCCAUCCUACUAACGAAAACGAUGUUCGCCAUGACAAUACAAAUUAUCCUACUCCAAGAAAUCACAUGGCCAAUCGAGGAUUAACAUACGCAGCCAAUAAUCAAAAUAAUCAUUCUGUAUCAAAUCAAAAGCGACGCGUACAAAUCGUCGAUCACAAUCGUCAAUCUCCAGCAACAGCUAUCAUUGACAAUAUGUCAGAAAGAAACAGUCGUAACUCAAAUCAUGCAGCUACAUAUGCUUACUUUAAUCGUACACCAGAUUCGCAUAAAGCUCAACAACAAAAAUCUAAAACACCUUCAUCAAAUCAUCAUCUUGACCAUUCCGAUGAAACCAAACAUGGCCAUGAUAAUAAUAGUGUGACAAUUCAUGAUUAUCUUUAUGGUCUUUCGGCACCAGAUCCCGGUAGUUAUGCAAGUGCAUAUAAACAACAUCAACGUCGUUUACAAGAAGAAAAACUAGGCAGAAAAUCAGUUGUAAAUGAGUAUAGAACUUUUGCAAAAAAUUACGGCUUUGGUCCUUCUUUCGGAAAUUCUGAUUCUGUAACUAAUGAAGAAAAAGUUGAUACUGAACAGCGAAGAAAAACUUAUUCAAAAGUUGUAAAAGAAACAAACCAUUACAAGCUCGAAGAACAAAAACGUUUUCAGGGUGCUAAUGGUCAACAGAGAACACGUCCUGCACCCGUACCUAAACAUCAACGCGCUCGUGAAUAUGCAGAGAAAAUCGAAAAACCUCAGCAUCUGAAGCCAGUGUUUCAAACAGAAUUUUCGCCAUGGAUUCCAAUUGUUUCACCAAUAUUACCACAAUCUCAAUCGAAAAUUCGACGUCAUUCAAUUUUAAGCUCGCUACAAUCUUCAAAGCAUCGAAAAGAUUUCCUCUCGGGUGACUUUGAUAUUCAUCGGACAAGACGUUCAUUGUCUUUACCAACAAUAAGACUAACAAGAACACAACUGUUUAAUAAUCGAAAUCUUACUCGAUGUUCUUCGAGUAGAUCCAUUCGUACAGUGUCUCCCAAGCACUCAUUAUCCUUGAGUUUGACUACGCGAAAGUUAAUUUCAAAAAUUCUCCGUGAAAAAAAUGACAAACAAAAGAAUAAUUCUGAAAAAUCUUCAAAUAUUUCAUUACUAUCAGCAUCAAAUGAAACUAAAACAAAAUCCAUUACUUCACACAGUAUGAUGACUAAGAAUAUGAGAUUACCACCAACAGCGACUGUGAUUAUUAACCAAACAUACAAACCUUCGCUUGCAGUAACAACAUCAACAAAUAAUAAGUUUAACAAGCGCAUGCUGAAUAAAUAUCAUCGAACACCUUCUCAACAUCGAUUUUAUAAUCAAUUUCAAAAGAUUAGUACAAACAAAAAUCUAAAUUUUGAUCUAGAAAUAAAAUCAUUUCAUCAUACAAAUGAUAAAAAUUCAUCCAACGAAUAA